AUGAAAAGUGUACUCGCAUUAAGCGCGUUAAUUGCAAUUGCAACUGCCACUUCAGAUGCUAUAACUAUCAGAUCCACCACAAUUUCUUCAGAUUGUCCAUCUUCAUCAGAGUUGCCAGUUUUGCCGUCAUCGGCACUUGCUGGUGCAUACUACGGAAAUAGUUCCAUUCCACAAUCAAAUGCCCCUGCGCCAACCUCCAAAUCAAAGAAGAUUUCGUAUGCGUAUGAAACGGCUUACGCCACUGAUGCUGUCGAUAUUACACGUACCGUUUGUGAUGCCAAUGGACAAUGUCAUGUCACUACUGAAGUGGGACGCUUGACGACUUAUACCACCACCAUCAAUGGAAUUUUGACUGUCAUUACUACUGGUGUACCUUCUGAACCAACUGAGGUUACUUCGACUGAACAGGUAUCUGCAACGUCGACUUUUUACCAAUCCAACGCUGGUCAAGCUGCCGCCGCUGCUGAGACAAAUUCCACUGUAACGAGCAUUGCCACUACCGAAUCUGCUGUUCAAAGCUCAACCAAAAAGUUGGCCGCACCAGAGGAGUCAUCUAUCGACGUAACCUCAUCAAUUGAAUCCAACCCAGCUUCAUCCGCAGCUUCAGCAACUACCCCAGCCUCUUCAGUCACCGCCAUCACCACAGCAGCAGCAGCUCCUGUCGAGCCUCACACUGAAUACUUAACCACCGUGGUCACUAUCACUUCAUGCUCUGACAACAAGUGUUCUGAAGUCCCACAGACUACUGGUGUCAAGAUUAUUAGUUCUGUGGAUACUGUUCACACCACCUACUGCCCAUUGACCGAAGCUUCUCAAUCGCCAAUUGCAACCUCAGCACCCGAAUCAGCACCAGCAGUUGCUCAAGCCUCUUCCGAAACUGUGAAACCAGAUUCUAGUUCUGCAUCCACCAAAUCAAAAACACCAGCUACUGUCAAUGUCAUCACUGAUAACAUUGUCACUGAAACGCCUAGCGUUGAGCAACAGCAAGCAACGUCCCAAGAGACUGUUGCAGCUCAAUCUGCCUCCACGUCUGCAAGCGAGUCCCCUAGUAUAAAUACAUACGAAGGUGCAGCUAUUUCCAUGAAAGCUACUGGAUUUGUCACAGUUGCGAUCUCAGUAUUGAUGAUGUUGAUAUAG